AUGAUGCAUAUCUUUAUGGAGCAAGGGCAAGGACCACAACAACCUCAACGUCCACAGCAGCAGGCAGGACCUCAAAGACAAGUUGUUGUAAGAAGAUUCCAAAUUGCAUUUCGGCUGGAUUUGUUGCUUAUACUUAAGCUAGUAGCUGUAAUAUUUUUGUUCAACCAAGAUGGAUCGAGACAGAGGCUGGCACUCCUUGUGUUCUUUGCUUCACUUCUCUAUUUGUAUCAAACUGGAGUUCUCACACCGUUGAUAAGAUGGAUAAGAUGGCUUUCACAAGGCAUGCAGAGAGCAGCUGCGCCUCCUCGUCCAUCUGUGCUUGCUGCCAGAGCAGAGAAUGUUCCUGCUGCUGGAAGGCAGAGCAAUGAAAAUGCUGCUUUGGCAGAGGGACAAGGAGGAGAAGAGAAUGAGAACCGGCCAGCAGAUGAUGGUAAUCGGGUGGUUGAGAAUGAGAAUGCAGCAGACCCUUGUUUAGAAAAUGGUGGUAAUCACUGGUGGGGAAUUGUUAAGGAAAUCCAGAUGAUUGUUUUUGGCUUCAUCACAUUCCUUCUUCCAGGCUUUCACAACAUAGAGUAGAUCAGUACUUUAGUGAAUGAUUGAGCCUUCUGAACUUACUCAGUAGCAGGCAAAA